AUGGCACCCACCAACGCCUCAGUCGAGGACGGCAAGUUCCGCGACAUGGAGAAAGACACCAUCGAACUCAACGGCAAGCAACAUAUGACUACCGACUAUGGAAUCAAGAUCUCAGACCCGGACCACUGGCUCCGCGUGGGCAAUAACUCAAACACCGGCCCAUCGCUGCUGGAAGACCAGAUUGCUCGCGAGAAGAUCAUGCGCUUCGACCACGAGCGCAUCCCUGAGCGUGUCGUGCACGCCCGCGGGACGGGCGCCUUUGGCACAUUUAAGCUCUUCGAGAGCGCAAGCGACGUCACCACCGCCGGCGUGCUGACCGACACCAGCCGCACAACUCCUCUCUUCCUGCGUUUCUCGACUGUGCAGGGUAGCAAGGGCAGUGCCGAUACCGUGCGUGAUGUGCGCGGGUUCGCGGUGAAAAUGUACACCGAAGAAGGAAACUGGGAUAUUGUCGGGAACAACAUUCCUGUAUUCUUCAUCCAGGAUGCGAUUAAGUUCCCGGAUAUCAUUCAUUCCGUUAAGCCGGAGCCGCAUAAUGAGGUGCCGCAGGGUCAGAGUGCGCACAAUAACUUCUGGGAUUUCGUGUAUAUGCAUUCCGAGACUACGCACAUGAACUACUGGCAAAUGUCCGAUCGGGCUAUUCCGCGCUCGUACCGAAUGAUGCAAGGAUUUGGUGUUAAUACUUACUCUCUUAUUAACAGCGAGGGGAAGCGCCAUUUCGUCAAGUUCCAUUUCAAGCCUGAACUCGGUGUGCACUCCCUUGUUUGGGAUGAGGCUCUGAAGAUUUGUGGCCAGGAUCCCGAUUUCCACCGCAAGGAUCUUAUCAGCGCUAUCGAGGCUGGACAGUUCCCUCGCUGGAAGUUUGGCUUGCAAGUCCUGCCCGAGGAGAAGAAGGAUGACUUCGAUUUUGAUCCGCUGGACGCUACGAAGGUCUGGCCGGAAGAGCUGAUUCCCAUUCGCUACAUUGGCGAGAUGGAACUCAACCGCAACGUCGACGAGUUCUUCCCGCAAACCGAGCAAGCUGCCUUCUGUACCAGCCACAUCGUGCCCGGUAUCGACUUCUCCGAUGACCCGCUGCUGCAGGGCCGUAACUUCUCGUACUUCGAUACGCAGAUCUCGCGACUGGGCCCGAACUGGGAGGAACUGCCCGUCAACCGCCCCGUCUGCCCAUACAUGAACCUGGUCAACCGUGACGGCGCCAUGAAACACCGCAUCACCAAGGGAACAGUCAACUACUGGCCGAACCGUUUCGAGGCGAACCCGCCCGCCAAGCCUGAGCAAGGUGGCUUCACAAGCUACCCCGAGAGGACGCAGGGCAUCAAGGCCCGCCUCCUCUCCGACAAGUUCGCGGAGCACUACAACCAAGCCCAGGUCUUCUACAACUCCCUCUCGCAGAUCGAAAAGAUGCACAUGGCAAAGGCUUUCUCCUUCGAACUUGACCACUGCGACGAUCCCGUCGUCUACAAACGCAUGGCCGAGCGUAUCGCGACUGUCAGUCUCGAGCUAGCCCAGACCGUCGCGACAAACGUCGGCGCCGACACGCCCACCAAAGCCCUGAAAGCGAACAAGGGCGAGACGGCCAAGGGUCUCAGUCAACUGGAAUACAUGCCCGAAAAGCCAACCAUUGCAACCCGCCGCAUCGCCAUCCUUAUCGCUGACGGCUUCGACUACGCUUCGUACAACACCAUGAAAGAAGCCCUCACCGCACAAAACGCCUUCGUUUUCACUAUUGGCGCCCAGCGCCAAGGUGUCAAGUCCGAGACAGGCGAGAAGGUCGUCCCGGACCAUUUCUUCUCCGGCAUGCGAUCAACGCUCUUCGACGCCGUCUUUGUUCCAGGCGGCAAACACAUCGAGUCACUGGCGAAGAACGGCGUUGCCAAGUUCUGGAUUACCGAGUCCUUCGCUCAUCUCAAGCCUAUUGCCGGUAUCAACGAGGCCGUUCCAUUCAUCGGCCGCCAGAUUGGUUUGGAUGAGGUCCACGUCGCUGCGAGCGGUACGACUGUGACCGAGUCCUACGGCGUUGUCACUGGACACGGCAACGGUUCAGCACUGAAGGUGUCGAAUGUCGGACCGGACUCAAAGGGUCUGGCAGAGCAGUUUGUCUGGCAUGUUUCGCGACACCGCAACUGGCAGCGCGAGUUGGACGGAUUGUCGGAUCUGGUUGCGGCGUAA